UGUCUUCUCAGUGUUUUGUAGGUAUCUUGCAUUUUCUUAACUUCAUAAUGAUGAAGUCAAACAAACAGCUUAAGAAAAACUAAACUCCAAGGCACAACAUUUGUUUCCACAAUGCCUGAAGUGGAGAGGAAGCCCAAGAUCUCAGCUUCACGCAAACUCCUUCUAAAGAGUUUGAUGCUGGCUAAAGCCAAAGAAGAAUGGGAACAAGAACAAGUGGACAAACAAGGAGAAAAGGAGAGAUAUUUGGCAGAAAGGAUAACACCUAUACAUAUCAGUGGGCUUUCCUAUUCCCAACUCCAGGAUCUAUGCCGGGAGCUUCAUGAGAAAGUAGACAUUGUGGAUGAAGAGAGAUAUGAUAUUGAAGCAAAGUGUAACCAUAACACACGGGAGAUUAAAGACUUGAAACUGAAGGUGCUUGACCUUAGGGGAAAAUUCAAGCGUCCUCCCUUGCGCCGUGUCCGGGUGUCUGCAGAUGCCAUGCUUAGAGCUCUGCUUGGCUCAAAGCACAAAGUAUCUAUGGACCUCAGAGCCAACCUCAAGUCUGUCAAGAAGGAGGACACAGAAAAGGAACGUCCAGUGGAAGUGAGUGACUGGCGUAAGAAUGUGGAGGCCAUGUCAGGAAUGGAAGGCAGGAAGAAGAUGUUUGAUGCUGCCAAAUCACCAACAGGACAAUGAGAAGUCAUAUUUCUUUCAUAGAAACAUAAGAGCCCUUCCAUAAAGCCUACGUGCAUCACUUUCUUCUUCUUCUUGGUGCUUCCUUUGUCUCAUUGUUUUUCUGCAUUAUCUAUUGUCCCACAGCACUUUUGGACAUUAGGGAAGUUUUAUUACAGGUAGUUCUUGACUUACAAUCAUUAAUUUAGUGACCAUUUGAAGUUACAAUGGCACUGGAAAAAGUGACUUAUGAACAUUUUUUACACUUAUAAUUGUUGCAGCAUCCCGGUGAUAGUGUGAUCAAAAUUUGGACUCUUGGGAAAUAGCAUGUUGCAAUGACAGUUUAUGACAGUUGCAAUGUCAUGUGUUUCACCUUUUGCAAAUGUUUGACAAGCAAAGUCAAUGGGGAAGUCAGAUUCACUUAGCAACUGUGUUACUAACUUAACAGCUGCAGUGAUUCAUUUAACAACUAUAGCAAAAAAAUGUAAAAUAGGGCAAAACUCAAUUCAACAACUGUCUUGCUUAGCAACAGAAAUUUUGGGCUGAAUUGUGGUCAUAAAUCAAGGACUACCUGUACUGCAAUUCAUGCCAUCAGGCCAACAGGAACGUUUGUUUUCUUGCUAGCACAUGUCCACACAAUGAUUAUUGCCACAAUCUGUCAGUACAGUACCAUCUCUGCCAUACAGAAAACAUGGGAAUUCUGAGUUGAUGGCAUUUGAAAUGCAGAAAGAAAGCUGGUUCUUUAUCUGACAUCAUCUCAGAUCAGACCUUUGCUCAAGAGAUGCCAUCACCUACUGAUUGAAAUGCAGCCCAGACUGUAACUACAGAGGCUUUGAUGCUUGCUUUAUUCAGCAAGAAAAUCUUUCAACCUGUUCCAUGGUAUAUAAUUUGAGAUAUGCAACUAUACUUUCUCUGUAUUCCAUUAAAGAAAAAAAAUGAGUAGCAUCAAGAACAAA